AUGACUCCGCCAAAGAAAGCUAAGGCUGUUGCAAUAAAGAUGACGAAAUUAAAGUUGUUGCACCGUAGGCGGACCAACGUAUUAGGUUCCGCUGAACUGAUAAAAUCGUUCAACGAACAAUUCGAUGUCAUGCACUGUGAUCAAUUGCCGGUGUGCAUUGAACGUGUUGAUGCAUUGUGGCGAGAAAUUGAGGUGAUUCAAGACGAAAUCGAAGUUUUAGAAGAUGAGGAAGUACAAUUUUCGGAUCUGCGAAAGGAGUUCCAGACCAUGUAUUUUGAAUUAAAGGCAUCUUUGCAAAGCAAAUUACCUCCUCGUCCAUCGAUGUCCGUGACGUCAUCGGUGCAAGCGCAGCCUAUAGCCCACAUUAGACAGCCUGAAAUUUCAUUGAAACCAUUUUCGGGUAGAUUCGAUGAUUGGGUUUCGUUUCGUGAUCUUUUUGUGUCUUUGAUUCACAACAAUCAGCAAUUGAGUGCAGUGCAGAAACUACAUUAUUUGCGAGCUACACUUUCCGGUGAAGCGGCUGGAAUAAUAUCGUCGCUCGAAUUAUCGGCUAAUAAUUACACCGUUGCUUGGACCAUGUUGAAGGAGCGGUAUGAGCACACAACCUUCUUAAUAAAAAGACACAUGUCCGCGUUUCUAGCACUUUCUCCAGUAAAGAAGGAGUCGUCUAUAAAGUUGUCGGAAUUGGCCGAUGAAUUUUACCGUCAUGUUCAGCUGUUAGAUAAACUUGAGAAUGCAGUUGAACACUGGAACUCGUUCCUCGUCGAGUGCUUGAGUAGUUGCUUGGAUCCCGUGUCGCUGCGCGAAUGGGAGACCCAAGUUACUGAAGUUGACAAACCAACAUAUAAGGCACUGCUUGAUAUUGUGCACAAAAGAUCCCGAAUUCUACAAACGUUAUUGCUCUCCCAAACUGGCUAUACCCAAACCGAAUCGAAACCCUUAAAGCCUCGUCUCACUACCGCCCACGUUGCUUCAGAUAAUGUGCCUAAGUGUCCCAGUUGCAAGCAGGCACAUUUGCUGUUCCAGUGCGACCAGUUUCACGCGUUGCCACCACAGCAGCGUUUUGAGUUCGUGAAGUACAUGGAAUUUGCAUAA